AUGGCAGACAUGGACGAGUUCGCCCAGACCCGAGGUGCAGACGACCUUUUCGACGAUGAGAUCAUUCCAGUGUCAGCGGAGGAACAGGAUGCACAGACAGAGGUAGUGGUGGUGGUCGAGCCAGAACUCGCGCCUCCACAGGAGAAUACCCCGGUUGAGAAGGCGCCUUCUCCUCGUGGGGAGCCUUCGCAGCGGGGUGACUCUUCACAGCGGGGCCGUGGGCGUGGGCGCCCGAAACAAGGACGCAGUCUCCAAGACUCGAGAUGGGCGGACCCGAAGCCUGCGGAGAGUGCUCCGCGAAAGAAGACACCUGCCAAUGUGGAGAACACCCCGAAGAAGAAGACGCCUGUAAAUGUGACGGAACCAAAGGUUAGCUCUGACCCUACCCCGGUCGAGACGGUAGACAAGCGGCCGGAGGAGAAGGCGCAAACCAUCGCGGAUGAGGAGAGCAAAAAGGAGGCAACCAAUGGCCCUGAAUCACAGCGAGUGCCUGCUGUCCGCGGGGAUCGAAGCGCGACAGGAGGAUUAAGAAAGGCCAAACUCACAGAGGCUGAAUUGUCCAAGCGCAUGGCUGCUGCCAAAGAAAACGCCGCCAAGAAAGCUGCAGCGCAUGCCCGCGCUGAAGCCGACCAGGCUUCCUUUAUGGAGCGUGAACAGGUUGCAGCUAAGAAACGGCGCGAAGAGCUCGCGAGUCGGCGAGUGAUGGACAAGGAGCGUGAGCAGAACCGCCAACGCAAACUCAAGGCGCAGACCGGGCGAGAAUGGGAUUCCGAGAAACGCGAAGAUGACUAUAAUCCUCGUGGCGGUGGAAGCCAAUUCCGCCGGGGUAUGCACGGUGGUGUAUCGGGGGUUGCACGGCGAGAUUUUGAUGGAGCAGCGGAUGACUCUGCUCACGUCACCCCUGGCCGGGGCCGUGGGCGAGGCGGUCGUGGAGGACGUGGCCGUGGUCCUUCGCGUGGUUCACACGAACGUUCAUCCUCCAACCAAUCCAAUCACAAGGAGUCAAAGACACCAGUCGUCAAUGAUGAAGCCGACUUUCCCUCUCUCCCCGCAGGCAAGACACCAGUAAUGGAGAAACCGGCCGCACCGGCAGUCGUCAAGCCACCGCCAUCAAUGGAAACCCUCGAGUCCACCAUGUCUCCAGUAUCUGGAAGCUGGGCUGAUCAAGUUGAAGAGUGA